ACCGCGGACACGAUGCCUGUACGCGUUGAUAUUGUGCCUCCGCCGCCAAACAACUCGAAGCAGCUGGGUGUCACCAAAUCGCUGCUUUACAAUGGCUCCAAGUUCCGUGGUUCACAAAAAUCGAAAGGGAAUGCGUACGAGGUGGAGGUUGUGCUGCAGCACGUGGACGAAGCGAACUCGUACCUUUGCGGGUAUCUGAAAAUCACCGGCCUCACGUUCGAGUUUCCCACACUGACCACCUUCUUCGAUGGGGAAAUCAUAUCGAAAAAGUAUCCUUUUCUCACGCGCAAAUGGGAUGCGGACGAGGAUGUAGAUAGAAAGCAUUUCGGAAAAUUUGCUGCCUUCAGUGAGUAUCAGAAGACGUUCAACUCGGACGAUUUUGACUACGACGCGCUAGCCAAAAGCGAUUACGUUUUUAUGCGCUGGAAGGAACACUUUCUGGUACCUGAUCACAAGAUAAAAAACAUUAACGGAGCGUCCUUUGCCGGGUUUUACUACAUUUGCUUCCAAAAAUCGCAGGCCGUUAUGGAGGGUUACUACUACCAUCGCUCUUCAGAAUGGUACCAAUCGUUAACCCUCCAGCAUGUGGCCGAAUCCUGCAUUCAAAUUUACGAAUUUAGAUAA